AUGAUCGCCGCCGUCAGAGCAGCGUUUCUCAAGCCACAAGGCUAUUCUUCCAACGUCAAAACCGUAUUCUUGUUCCAUUCGACUCCCAUCCUACAACGCAAACAUAAAUCCAACUCAGAGACCCGAAACAAAAAGUUGUCAAGAAGUAGGGCAAAGCAAGACUUGCGUCGUAACGUGAAUGCUUUUGCAGAACACUUGUUUGGGAUAUGGAGUGAUGGGUUUGAUUACUCUGAGAAGCCCACCACGUGGUUCGAGAAACAGUACUUUAGGGUUUGCAAAAGAAACCGGAUUGGUAGAUACAUUCAUCAGCGUUUGGAUAAAAGUUGUUUUGAUUUCAGCGGAGUUGAUGAUGAUUGUGAAAUUGAAUACUUUCUAAGGAGUGCAUUGGGUGGAUCCUAUAAAGAGAGGAAAUCUCGAUGGAGAGCACGUCAUUUUUAUGGCUCAAAUACACAUGAAGACGACGGUGAAGCUGGCUCGUGGAGGUUUUCUAACAAAAGCAGUGGACGGUCUUGGGACUCAAGGCAACGACUAGAUCAAGAAGAACAAAAAGAAGAGGAACAUUCUUCAACAGACUUUAGCAACAUAGAUUCGAGCGAGCAGUCUCAUAGACACACCCUUGGUCUAAGUUCCUCAGGUCCCUUAAGCCUUGAAGAUGUAAAAAAUGCAUACCGAGUUUGUGCAUUAAAAUGGCAUCCAGAUCAUCACGAUGACUCUACCAAGGAUGCAGCUGAGGAAAAGUUCAAGCUAUGCAAUCUGGCAUAUCAAUCAUUAUGCGAAAAGUUUGCCAUGAACUAA